UGUCUCUGCACAACGUUGCUUCUUCGUUCUCUUCGUUCCUGUUCAUGCCUUGUCCAAAAACACCACCUCUGUCUCUGCCUCGUGGCACACUCUCGAGAUGGCACAUAAAUAACCGCCCUGCUCAAACUUAACUUGAUUCCAACAAUCCGUUCCGAGUUCCAAUCACCACACAAAUCGACUACCGCAUACCACCACCACCACCACCACCACGAGCAUGCUUGAACUUUCCGACAGUUCAAGUGUGCCUUUUGUAACCUGACGACAAGUACAACAAUAACAACAUCAAGACCAAUUUCGAACCUGUACUUAUUGGUUCCCCCACCGCCGUGGUCGUCGACGCCUUUCUGCGGCGCUGCGACAGACACAGCCCACCAUGACAUUCAGCAAAGGGGCGCAGGACGCCCUCCGCCUGUGGGCGAAUACAUUUUCUUUAUCACGCAAUGCCUGCUCAGUUGAGGAUUUUUACGAUGGCUUGCUACUGUCAGAGAUGCUUGCUGACCUAGAUCAAACUUAUGACACCGCCGGCAUCGAUUCCGACCCCCGGCAAUCACUCGCCAAGAAGAGGAACCUCCAACAUGUCUACAAAGGCCUAGUUAAGUUGAUCAACCUGGAAUGUCCUGGCCUCAACCGCCAGGCCAGAAUUGCCAACUUUCGCGCCACCGCCUCCAACCCCGAUGCCGAGGGUAUCUGCAAGAUUCUGUCCCUACUAUUUGCCGUUGCCAUGCUUGGCAGCAACAAUGAGCGAUUCGUUACUCGCAUCACGCGGGACAUCACCGACAAGCCCGCGCUUUCCAUCCUCCAAAAGAUUACCGUGGAAAUGAAGGCCGAGAUAGAAGACGCCGAAGCCAACCUCGACACAGACCCCGACGCCGACGACGCCCGCCAGUUGGCCCGGGAUCCCGACCUCGCGCUGGAGGAGGAGAAUGCCUCUCUCAUGUCCCAGCUCGACAGGAAGAUGAAGCUCCUCGCUGACAUGGAAACUCGGUUAGCUCACCUACAGGAGAGUUACGAGAGCCUGAAGGAGGAGGCCGCACGGCAAGCGAGAGAGCUUGAGGAUUUCCACAACGCUCAAAGCGGCGCCGCCUCACAGGUCAUCCAGGCACUCGAGGCCAAGAUCCGGGAGCAGGACGAGCUCAUCGCCAGCCAUGAGGCCCAGGCCGAGGAGUUCCGCAUCGCCCGUGAGCGGCUUGCCGGUGAGAUUUCAAGCCUCUCCAGCAGGGCGAACAAGGCCGACGACCUCGAGGACGAGGUCAACGUGCUGCGCUAUCGCAAUGACGAGCUCAGCCGGAAGGCCAACGUGGUCGAACGCUACCGGCAGAAGCUCGAGGCCCAGGGCGACCUGCAAAAGGAGAUCGACAACCUCAUGUACGAGAGGGAACAGAUGCAGCGCGACCUCCUCGACUACGAAAAAAUCCUGAAGCGGAACGAGGCCCUGGAGGACACGAACAACAAGUAUGCCUCAAAGCUCCAGGACUACGAGACCCAGUUCAUCGAGAUGGACACCACCAGAAAACGCGAGUACUCCGAGAUGCUUCACCUCCGGGAACUCCUGAGGACCCUCGAGGCGCAGCGCAAGUCGGAUGAGGAAUUCAUCAGCGAACUGCAGGACCAGAUUAACAACGGAGGCGUCCAUUCCAUCGGCAGCAAGUCUUCCGAGUUCACCAACCCCGGCUUCAACCUCGAGCAGGAGCUGGAGAACGCCAAGGACGUCGCCCCUAACCUCAGCCUCGAAAUCUCGCGCCUCAAGGCCGAGAACCAGAUGCUACGCAGCACCGCAGGCUCCGGGCCUGAGGUCGCCCGCCUGCGACACGAACUGGAGGGCGAGCGUACUCAGCACAAGAGGCUGCAGGAGAAGUACCGCAACGUCUACGAGAAGCGGAACGCCGCCGACGCCCAGGUCUCGGCCCUGAUGCAAGACCUGCCCCAGGAAAGGUUAGUUCAAUGGGUCGAGCGCUUACACCCCAGCGGCCACGGCAAGUUGAGAAUACUCACGCAGGAAUACUUUAGCACCAAGGUGUUCAACGAACUCAAGUCGCAGCUCAAGAAGGCCGAGGAGGAGCUCAAGGCGGAGCGGGAAUUGGCCAGGGACUUGCGAAACAAGAUCCUCGAUAGGGACCGCGAGAUCCUGUCCGCUCGGACCGACCUCUCCGCCGUCGAGAAGGACAGCGCCGAGGCCCUGGAGGAGCUGAAGGCCACCGACAAGCUGAUCUCCUCUUCGCUGCAGGAGGAACUCGAAGCACUCCGCCUCGAGUACAAGAACAUGUCUAACGACGCCGACGAGGCGCAGAGAGCGUUGGUCAAAGCGCUCCUCGAGAAGGACAACCUUCGAAAGGAAAUCGAUUUGGCCAAGGAUCAGAGCGUCAGCUCUGACGCUUUGAAGAGCAACGAGAAGAUCAAGCAGCUACGUGCCCGGUUGCAAGAACGCAACGAGCAACUGGAAAAGGCGGAACGCGACAGACAUGAUCUUAUGAGGAAGCUCAAAGCUUCGCAGGAUGGAAGCGCAGCGUUGGCGCAAAAGGCCCAGAGCGACCAGAUCAUCAAGAACCUCCAGAGGGAAAACGCCCUUGUCACCACCGCCUGGUACGAUCUCACCAGCCGGUUGCAAAGCAACCACGUCGUUCUACAAAGGCGUAACGAUGUGCCUCGAAGCUGGUUGAACAAGCAGAGACAAAUGGUCAACGCCACACCAAGGAAAUGACGAAUACAUGCCACUACACUAACGUUCCAACGAAGCCAGGAGGAUCAUCUCACCCUGGACGUAUUUAUAUCCCCUAAUAGAUUCAUGAUAUAUAGCAGACAAUAGCCAGUCGAGGAAGAGGCAGCAAAGAUUCCAACGCAAACAGUGACGUCCCAU